AUGCGCGUGUCUGCCACUACAAUCCUCGCCCUGCCGCUCCUCGCGGCCGCGGCUGAGUCGCCAUUUGAGCAGUACAAGGCCCAGUUCCAGAACUUCCUCAGCUCCUUCGGUGCCUCUGCGCCCAGCGCGACCAAGCAGGACACACCCGAGGCUGCGGCUCCCGACGCCGUCGCAAAGUCCGUCUCAGUUCUGACUGUUGACAACUGGAAGGAUGUCCUCUACGCGCCCGUCAAGGCCGAGGCCACAACACCUGAGGAGUGGUGGGUUCUGAUCACUGGUCGCAACAAGACCUGCUUCGGUCACUGCGAUAAGAUCGAGACUGCCUUCAACGAGUCCGCGUCCAAGUUCGCCAAGCUGCCCGAGUCACCCCACCUGGGUCUCCUGAACUGCGACGACGAGCCCGUUCUCUGCAACGCCUUCUCCGCCAGCUCUGCCUCCAUCUGGUCUAUCGGCAUGUUGCCCCCCGGAGCGCAGGUCGAUAUCUGGAGGAAGCGUCUCAACGUUACGACCACCACGUCUGACGACAUCAUUGACCUGUGGAAGAAGGGCAACAAGGAGGACUGGAUUCUGACCGAGAACAUCUUCCACCCCUUCAACAGCUGGGUCGCCCAGAACAACCUGUCUAUCCCCGUCGGCUACUUCUUCUGGGCCUUCAACCUGAUCCCCAACUGGCUCUUCAUGCUCCUCGUCUCCUUCGGUAGCCGCACCCUUAUGAACCGCCGCAUGAACAACACCCUCGACGGCCGCCAGGCUGCCGCCGGUGGCGCCGCCCCUGCUGCCGGUGCUGCACGAUAA